AUGGCGCCGUCGCAGCUCAAGCAGCUGAAAGCCUCGCUGCAUGAGAGCGGCGUUCUUGGCCCUCAGAAAUCCAAGAAACAGCGAAAGCUGACCUCCAAAGAUGCGCAAAAGCGGGCGCAGCGUAAUGCCGCACUUGAGGGCAUUCGAGAACGAUUCAAUCCCUUCGAGGUCAAGGCACCUGCCCGAAAAGCGAAGUAUGAAUUUGUAAAUGCAAAAACUACCAAAGCCACAGUUGGCCGGCCGGGUGUCACACGCGGCUUGGGUGAAGAGCGGCGGCGGGAGACGUUGCUGAAGGAGAUACAAAGCCGCAAUAAGGUGGGCGGGUUGCUUGAUCGACGGUUUGGAGAGAAUGACCCCACGAUGACGCCCGAGCAACGAGCAGCCGAGCGGUUUGCGCGUCAGAACGAGCGCAAAACAAAGAAGAGUUCCAUGUUCAACCUUGAAGACGACAGCGAGGAGGAGAUGACGCUCACGCAUGGUGGAAGAUCACUCAACUUGGGGGGCAUUGUCGAAGAUGACUUUGAUGAAGAUGAUAUAAAUGGCUCGGACAAUGCAGACGGAGAUUUUAAUCAGGAUGACAGGCCUCGGAAAAAGAUGCGUCUCGCCGAAACCGAAGACGUCGAUCCCGAAGAGGAGGACGAGGAAGGUCUACCGCCGAGGAGGAAGACGAAAAAUGAGGUGAUGAAAGAGAUUAUCGCAAAGUCAAAGAUGUACAAGGCGGAGCGUCAAGCUGCAAAAGCAGACGACGAUGAUCUUCGAGCCGAGCUGGACAAAGGCAUGGUCGAGUUCUACGAAGCGCUUCGAGUGCACAAGCCGCCAGAGAAGGAAACUCUACCACCAUCAACUUCAAACGCCGAGCCGCACAUGGAUCCCUCUCGCGCUGCAAUGCUGGCAGGGAAGAGCAGGGAGGAGGCAGAAAAAGAGUACGAGUCCAAUCUUAGAAAGUUAAAAUUGGAGGCUCGGUCGAAACCGACUGUACGGACCAAAACUGACGAAGAGAGGGCUGCUGAGGAGGCUGCUCGACUUGAAGAGCUUGAGCGCAAGAGGAUCCGCAGGAUGAAGGGCGAGGCAGAAAGCUCUGAAGACGACGAAGAAGAGGAACAGGAGCCAGGGCCAGAUGCCGAUGUUGAUGUCGACGACGCCGAGGCAUUCGGUCUCUCUGCUCCUGAGUUCGACACUGUCCCGAGGAAAGAACUUGAUGUUGAAGAUGAAGACGAAUUCCUUCUUGAUGACGAUCUUAUUGCUUCGGAUUCUGAACCUGAGAUGGCAAGCGACCAAGAUUCCGAAGAAUCCGAGUCUGAAAGCGAGGUUGAGGACGAUGGUGAUGACGAUUUCAUCAACGGGCUGGUCUUGCCACGGGAAACACAGACCACACCGAAAACAGCCGCAAAGACUCCAGUCAGCAAUAACCUAGCUUAUACUUUCCCGUGCCCUCAGACGCACGAAGCAUUCUUGGAAGUGGUCAACGACUCUGAAGUCGCCGACUUGCCCACGAUCGUGCAGAGAAUUCGCGCACUCUAUCACAAAGGUCUCGCCGAGGGCAAUCAAGAAAAGCUUGACACGUUCGCUGGCGUGCUGACCCAGCAUGUUGCGUUUCUUGGGGACACCAACGGCGAUGUCCCGUUUUCUGUUCAUGAGAGCCUCCUUCGACACUUACAUUCGAUGGCAAAGUCGUCGCCGGAAGCCGUUGGCGCUGCUUUCCGCAGACAUCUGCAGGAAAUCGCUGACAAAAGACCGCUUCAGCUGUCUCCAGGGGAUCUUAUCAUUCUGACGGGUAUCUCGACCAUCUUCCCAACUUCAGAUCAUUUCCACUCCGUAGUCACGCCUGCCACUCUCACCAUUGGACGAUAUCUCGGGCAAAGCUCGAUCCAAUCUCUGCGGGACCUCAGCACAGGCGCUUACUGCUGUUCGCUUGCCCUUCGAUACCAGCGCCUUGCAAAAAGAUAUGUUCCAGAAGUGGUCACUUACAUUACCAAUGCUUUGGCCACCCUUUCGCCGUCACCCCUAUCUGAACAAGACGAAGACGGCAAUCCGUUGAAUGUCCCGAUCAGGUUGCCUGCAACACCGCUGCGGUUGAAAUCGACAUCUGCGGCUGUGUCAGAGAAGCUAUCGUUCAAAGAUUUCAUCAUGAAUCGAACUGAGGACUACGGAUCUUCACAAGGCGUUGCUCUUCUGCAUGCCUUCAUCCGCCUAACAACACAAGCUGCCUCACUUUGGAGCCACAAGUCCUCAUUCCCCGAACUUGCUCGGCCUUUCGUCCACGCCCUUACCCACUUAUCUCAUCAACACAAGAAGCUCCCAUCACAAACUCUCACGCUAAACAACACCAAUCUCUCCGCUCUUCUCACCCUUCAGUCUGCUUCGAUCAAAUCACGUCUCCCCCUACUCUUACACAACCAUCGCCCGCUCGCUAUAAAAACUUCCUUACCUUCAUUCAUCGAGAAUUACAACCCUGACCGACACUAUGAUCCAGACCGCCAACGUGCUGAGCUCUCCAAAUUGAAGGCCGAGCAUAAGAAGGAGAGGAAGGGAGCGAUGAGAGAACUGCGCAAGGAUGCCAACUUCGUUGCAAGACAGCAGUUGCAAGAGAAGAAGAGGAAAGAUGAAGAAUAUGAAAAGAAAUACAAGAGGUUGGUGGCAGAGAUUCAGGGGGAGGAAGGGCACGAAGCGAAAGCUUAUGAGAGAGAGAGGAGGAAGAGAAAAGGGAAAUUCUAA